GCCUAGGAAUAGUGAUUCCCGACCCCACGCGACAGCGAGCGCAUUGCAAGAAUGGCCGGGGACAGUGAAACACAGCUGAGGGACCGAGGCGAGAACAAUAAUGUCGCUCGCCAACCGUUCCUCAUCGGUGUGUCUGGAGGCACUGCCAGCGGCAAGUCGUCGGUGUGUGAGAAGAUCAUGGAGCUUCUGGGCCAGGACAAGAUCGACCACCACCAGCGGCAGGUGGCCAUUCUCAGCCAGGACAGCUUCUACCGCGUCCUCACCCCCGAGCAGAAGGCCAAGGCUCUGAAAGGGCAGUUCAACUUCGAUCACCCAGACGCCUUUGACAACGAGCUGGUGCUGACCACGCUGAAGCAGAUCCUGCAGGGGAAGACGGUCCAGAUCCCCGUCUACGACUUCGUCCAACAUUCCAGGAAGGACGAGUUCAUCACGGUGUACCCAGCCGACGUGGUUCUGUUUGAGGGCAUUCUGAUGUUCUACUCCCAGGAGAUCCGCGACCUGUUCCAGAUGAAGCUGUUCGUCGACACGGACGCCGACACCAGGCUGUCCCGGAGAGUGUUGAGGGACAUCUCUGAACGGGGCCGGGACCUGGAGCAAGUCCUGUCUCAGUACAUAACCUUCGUAAAACCGGCCUUCGAAGAAUUCUGCUUGCCAACCAAGAAGUAUGCAGAUGUGAUAAUCCCACGAGGAGCGGACAACCUUGUGGCCAUCAACCUGAUCGUCCAGCACAUCCAAGACAUUCUGAACGGCGGUCUGACCAAACGCCACAACGGCUGCACCAACGGCCACGCGCCGCCGCGGCAACGACGGACCUCGGAGUCCAGCAGCCGGCCUCAUUGACGGAGCCACGCCUCUCUCCGGGGAGAGGGGUGUGCGUGUGUGUGUUCCCGCGAGAGUUUUUGUGUGGGUAGGGGCCACUUCUGUAAAUAAUACUUAUCCACAUCAAUGUAUUUAAGAAGGAGCGUGAGAGAUGAUAACGGAACGAAAGCAAUGCAAAAAUAAUUGCAAGAAUUGCCUUUAUUAUAAUGAGGACGAUAACGAGUACUCAUUGGUGUUAUUGUAAUGGUUUGAUUCAAUUCAGAAUAUCGGGAUCGAUGUUUUGUCUCUUUGCCGUCUUUUGUUUCUGUUUUGCGAAGAGACCAUUUGUUUAUAAGUAGGAUCCGCCCCUACCGUCCUGCCUUUGGUUUUCAGUGUACCCUGCUGCUCUAUGGAAUUAUUAUUCAGAUGACAAAUAAAACCAGGGUAACACUUUC